AGUGUUUUUGACUAACUGAGGGGUCGUUUGCUUCAUGGAUUUAUAAACGAGGGUUUGUAAUUUAAAAACCCAAGGAUUUAUCAAGGAUUUGAGGCAUCAUGGAUUUGUAAUAAUUCUUUGUUUGUUGGGAUGUUUUUAUCAUGGAUUUAAAGGUGUGGAAUUUACUACUUGAAGUCAAAAAUUACAUUACUGCCCUUUUCUAUAUGUUUGACAUGUUUAUGAUAUGUACACAAAACAAGGACAGAACUUCAAAAUUAUUUUACUAUCAUUUUCUAUAUGUUUGACAUGUUUAUGAUAUGUACACAAAACAAGGACAAUACAUACUAAUAAGCAUAAUGUUGCCACACGGACAAUAAUAAUAAACGAGAAAAUUCCGUUUUAAUUUUUAACGUAACAUAAUCAAUUACCAAUUCUUUGUCCUCCUUUUCAAAAGUAACAUAUAACAACAUAUAUUAGAAUCGGGAGAACGAAGAAUUACACAUUCCAUGAAAAGGUCAAAGAAAACUAGAACACAAGAAAUGAUAUAAUAUAUCUAACUCAUGUUUGCACAUUAAUUGAACGUUUAUAUUAUUCAUUUAUUGUUAAUUAUAAUGUAUAAUAGUUAAAUUUGAGGGCAACCUUGGAAUAUUAAAAUUGCAUGAGGGUAUAUGGGUAAAAUGUCAUCAAGAAUCUAUGCCAUAUUCCAAAUCUCACAUCAACAUGUGAGAUUUAUAAGUCCGUGGGGUCCACGGAUUUGAACCCUUAAAAUCCGUGGGCCCCAAGAAUUUGGUCUCCAAAAAAUGUGCAAGCAUACAACGGAUUGUACCUAAAUUUUUUUUUUUUUUUUGAAAAAGUAACUAAAACCUUGAUAGUUGAUUUUUUUAUACCAAAUCCAUGUACCAAAUCCUUGAAGCAAACUACCCUUGAAAUUACUAAAAAACUGUAAAAAGUUUGGUCACUCACACUCUGUUUCCGCCGCUGCCUGCCUGCCUCUCUGGCGCUCUCUUCCCCACGUUCAGUUAUGGCUGCUGUCGCCAUCCAGUAGUUAAAUACGGUGGUUUUCCGCUCAUCUACUUCACCCAUCCCCCUCUACCUCCUUCCUUUAUAACUCCCCCAACCAUACCGCUCUUUCUCUCCAUCGUCCUCGUUUUCUCAGUUCUCAAUUCCUUCCGUUUCCCCCGGCCCCAAAACCCAGAUUCAAGCUCAGUCAAAGCUUCCUCCAGAUAUGGAGCUCGGCUUCCUCGACAAGCUGAAAGACCAGCCUUUCUAUCUCCGCCCGCUCUUCGUCCUAGGUUCCCUCACCGCCCUCAAAUUCUGCUUCGCCCUCCUCCAAUGGGUCUACGUCAAUUUCCUCCGCCAGGGGAAAAACCUCAAAAAGUACGGCUCUUGGGCGGUGGUCACCGGAGCCACGGACGGAAUCGGCAAGGGUUUUGCUCUCCAGCUUGCCCGAAAAGGAAUCAAUCUAGUCAUCGUCGGCCGGAACCCUGAUAAGCUCAAGGAGGUCACCGAUUCGAUCUCCGCGAAGUACGGUAAGGUUGAAAUCAAGACGGUGGUGGUCGAUUUCAGUGGGGAUAUCGACGGCGGGGUGGAGAGGAUCAAGGAGACGAUUGAAGGGCUCGAUGUUGGGGUUCUGAUUAACAACGUUGGGGUUUCCUAUCCUUACGCGAGAUUCUUCCACGAGGUGGACGCGGAGCUGCUGAGGAAUUUGAUUAAGGUCAAUGUGGAAGGGACGACGAAAGUGACUCAGGCGGUUCUGCCUGUGAUGCUGAAAAGGAAGAAGGGCGCCAUUGUUAACAUUGGCUCUGGUGCUGCAAUUGUGAUCCCUUCGGAUCCUCUCUAUGCUGUUUAUGCUGCUACUAAAGCGUACAUUGAUCAGUUCUCCAGAUGCCUUUAUGUUGAGUACAAGAAGAGUGGGAUUGAUGUGCAAUGUCAGGUUCCUUUAUACGUGGCCACAAAGAUGGCGUCGAUAAAGAGGUCUUCAUUCUUCGUUCCAUCAAAUGAAGGCUACGCCAAAGCUGGACUGCGCUGGGUAGGGUACGAGCCGCGGUGCACGCCUUACUGGCCGCAUUCCCUUCUCUGGGCUCUGAUAAGCGCCAUCCCGGAAUCAGCCGUUGAUGCAUGGAGGCUGAAAUUCUGCAUGGCGAUCCGCAAGAGAGGACAGAAGAAAGACGCCAUGAAGAAAGACGAGUAAAGAAGCCAUCUUUGCCUAAGAGAACAGAGAGCUGUGUAAUAGGAAAAUUCUUUUUCUUCUUCUUAUUCUUCUUCUCUGCAUCACUUUCCUUGCUGGUGGUUGGUUGAUAUUAGAGGGAGGGUGUUUUAGUGUCUCUAUUGCUGUCCAUUAACGUGUACUAGUUGGGAUGGGAAGUUGUUGGGAGUUGGAGGAAGGUUUUAUCUUUCUCAAUUUGGGAAUGAAUUUGAUUUAACGUUAGCAACAGUUUCAAGUUUCAUCUUUGUCCCAUGAGUGCAUGUUGCGUGUCUCCAGAAUCAUGGGAGGGGAAAGAGACACUAUCACGGUUUUGGGACAACCUUAAUUAAAAGGGGGCAGGUCUUCGUUGGCUUGCUGUUUUGUUGUUACAACUAACUAACAAAAGCGUGACGGUGAAUCGAAUCACAAGUUUUUUGGCUUAAACUUGCGACAGAUUGCGGGAAACUGUAUUGGGUAAGAGGGUCGAAUAACAUUCCGCAUAAUUU